AUGUCAGAAAAGAAAUCUCUAAACAGUCUCAUAAUACAUCCUGAUAUUGAACCUGGUGUUAUAGACAAUGCUAUGCUAACACGAUGUAUUUUAGAAUAUGGACCUAAAGAAGAAGCUGGACGGUUGUUCGCAGAAGAAGGUGUCCAUUUAGACGAAGCACAAAUAGUUCGACUUGAGUUUCAAAAUAUUUUAAGAAUUGAUCAUCUUUGGAUGCUUAAAUCCUUAAGAAAGCUAACAUUAGCGCACAAUUUGAUUGAAAAAAUCGAAAAUCUUGAGCUAUUGGUUGGCUUAAACGAAUUAGAUUUAUCUUUUAAUAAGAUUGAAAAAAUCGAAAAUUUAGAUGAAUUGGUCAAUUUAGAAGUACUAACAUUGUUUCAUAAUAAGAUUAGGAAACUCGAGAAUAUGGAUACACUAGAAAAUUUACUGGUGUUUAGUAUAGGGGAUAAUUUAAUUGAAGACUAUAAGGAGAUGGCUUACAUGAGGAGGUUUCGUAAAUUACGCUCUGUGAGUUUUAAGGGCAAUCCUUGUUGCGACGACCCUAUGACUAACCAGUUUUUGAAAUCCGCUCUUACGCGUGUAACCUAUUUGGACUAUAAGCUUAUCGUCGAAGAAGAAAGGGAGAGCGGAAGAGCGUUGUUCCGAGGCCUUUUGCGUAAAUUGGAUGACGCAGAUGAAAAAGCAGAAAAAGAGAGAUUAGCAAAAGAAGACUAUGAAGCAAAAGUCAAAUUUUAUGCUCUAUCCUUUGUGGAAUAUUUAAGUGGUCCCGAAUUACUGGAUUCAAUGUUCGAGAAAGACCCAGAUGGAUCGUUGCUACUUAAAGUUGGUGGCGAAUUGUUGGGAUUAUAUGAACAAUACAAAGAACAAUAUGAAGAAACAAUGGCUGGUCUGGUUGAAUUUGCACAAGAGGCAUAUAACUCAAGGCAGAAUGAAAUUAAGCUCUUCAAAGAUCUAGUAGAUAAUGCUUUAGAAGAUAGCGUUGUCAAGAGUAAAAUGGUCGUGGCUGAAUUUGAGGAAAAGAAAAAGCCGUUGAUCGAACAAAUGAACGAGAUAAUAGGCAAGUUCACCAGUAAGAAGGCUACCAUAGACCAACUGGAGCCUAAUAUUAUAGAUGCUGGGGAGGCCUUCAAUGACAUUAUCUAUGAUUUAUGGAAAAAAUUGAUGACUAUUGAGAUGCAACUCUAUGAGCAAUGCGAGGAGUCACGAGUACAAUUCGCAGUGAAUAUGACUGAGAUGAUAACAAAGUUGCUCGAAGUGUCGCGGAAUGCUUUCGGAGCAUGGCGAGAGCACGAGGGCAUGUGGUCCAUGCGUCAAUUCGAAGCGCUCUCUAAGCUGCUCGGCAACAAGAUAAUGCUCGGAGACGCCCCGCCAGAAUUGUUUGAAGUAAUGAUGGAUAGGGAUCAAAUGAUGAAUCUAAUUGCGCAAUCUUCCGACAAUCACAUGCGGUUCAUCGAUGCGCGAGAGGAUCUUCUUAUGACUCGCGCCAACAACUGGCGGGAUGAACUCAUUCAAGGCGCUAACGACAAUGAAAUAAAGCGAAAUAGAGACAGAAUUCUAGAAAUAUAUUACUACAUCGAUAACCAGCGUGAAGAAUGGACAGACAUGCAGAUGAAUAUGACUGAAACCGUAGAUCCGGAAACAGCGGCACUUUUGGGAGAUGAUUUUUAA